UCAUGAGUUCUUUGAUCUUAUGAAGAACUUGUCGUCGGGAAAUUCUCUCUCUAGAUGGGGUUCCGACACAGGUAACAACAACUACUGCAAUUAUUCCGGCAUCGCCUGUGAUGGCGGUGAUCGGAGAAAUGUUGUAGAGCUCGAUAUCUCCGGCUGGUCUUUAACCGGGAAAUUCCCCGACGAAAUCUGCUCCUACUUUCCCGGCUUACGUGUCCUUCGUCUGGGCCACAACAGCUUCAGUGGGGAUCUGCCACGUGGCAUCACCAACUGUUCUUCCUUGCAAGAACUGAACAUGAGCUCCGUCUACUUCUCCGGCGAGCUCCCUGAUUUCUCGCCCCUGAAAUCCUCCCUGAGGGUUCUCGAUCUUUCGUACAACCGCUUCUCCGGCGGGUUUCCGAUGUCGAUCGUCAACCUGACGAAUCUCGAGGUGCUGAACUUCAACGAGAACGGAGACUUCGAUCUGUGGAAGCUUCCGGCGAAUAUUUCCAGGCUGACGAAGCUGAAGUCCAUGGUUCUGACCACGUGCAUGCUGCAUGGCGAAAUCCCGCCCUCCAUCGGAGAGAUGACGUCACUCGUCGAUCUGGAGCUGAGCGGGAACUACUUAUCGGGCCGGGUCCCGAAAGAGCUGGGCCGGCUGAAAAACCUUCAGCAGCUCGAGCUUUACUACAACCUUCUUGAAGGCCCAAUCCCCGACGAGAUCGGAAACCUGACGGAGCUCCGGGAUCUCGACAUGUCCGUCAACAAAUUCACCGGCGGAAUCCCCGACUCCAUCUGCCGCCUUCCCAAGCUGGAAGUCUUCCAGCUCUACAACAACAGCCUCGCCGGAGAAAUCCCACGUGGCAUCUCCGACUCAAAAACGCUGAACACUCUAUCCUUAUACGACAACAUGCUUACAGGGGAGGUCCCACACGAUCUCGGGAGAUCGUCAACGAUGGUGGCGCUUGACCUGUCGGAGAAUUACCUCUCCGGCAAAUUACCCGACGGGAUCUGUAGCGGUGGUAAGCUUAAUUACCUUCUUGUCCUUCAGAAUUCCUUCUCCGGCGAAAUACCCGGCAGCUACGCCGAGUGUAAGUCCCUUAUCCGUUUUCGAGUCAGCAACAAUAAUUUGGCGGGAAACAUACCGGCAGGUAUAUUCUCUCUUCCCCAUGCGUCGAUUAUCGAUGUCGGAUACAAUAACCUCACCGGCUCGAUCCCGAAGUCGAUCGGAAGCGCGAAGAAUUUAUCGGAGGUGUUCAUGCAGGGCAACAAGAUUUCGGGUGUCAUCCCUUUCGAAAUCUCCCUUGCGAUAAAUUUAGUGAAAAUCGAUCUUAGCAAUAAUCUAAUCUCCGGUCCGAUUCCUUCCGAAAUCGGGAAUUUAAGAUGGCUCAAUCUUUUGUUGCUACAAGGUAAUAAGCUGAGUUCUUCGAUCCCCGAGUCGCUGUCCUCACUUAAAAACCUCAACGUUCUUGAUUUAUCGGCCAAUCGUUUGACCGGGAAAAUCCCGUUUGGAUUAACCGAAUUGUUGCCUAAUUCGUUGAAUUUUUCGAAUAAUCAACUUUCGGGUCCGAUUCCUCUUCCUUUCAUUAAAGGUGGUUUGUUGGAGAGUUUUUCAGACAACCAAAACCUUUGUGUGCCGGUCUAUAUAGAUUCUUCGUCGGGCCCGAAAUUCCCAAUUUGCCCUCAAACGUACAACAAGAAGAAACUGAACUGUGUUUGGUUGGUAGCGAUUUCUGUUGGAAUCUUGUUUGUUGGAGGUGUCCUGUUUUUGAAGAAAUGGUUCAAUAAAAACAGGGGAUUUGCGGAAAACGAGGAUUCCACAUCAUCCUCGUUUUUCUCGUACGAUGUCAAGAGCUUCCACCGCAUAAGCUUCGACCAACGAGAGAUAAUCGAGUCGUUGGUGGAGAAAAACAUAGUGGGGUACGGUGGGUCUGGCACCGUGUACAAAAUCGAGCUAAACAACGGAGAAGUCGUUGCGGUUAAGAAGCUGUGGAGCAGUCGAAAUUCGAAGGAAGUGUCGGUUUUGGGGGGCGAGAAGGUCAUUCUUGACAAAGGGUUGAAAACCGAGGUCGAAACUCUAGGGAGCAUUAGGCACAAGAACAUAGUGAAGCUGUAUUGCUACUUCUCGAGCCUCGACUGCAAUUUGCUCGUCUACGAGUAUAUGCCGAAUGGGAAUCUUUGGGACGCGCUCCACCAUGGAAAGAUGGUGCUCGAUUGGCCGAUCAGGCAUCAAAUCGCGCUAGGUGUCGCUCAGGGAUUGGUCUAUUUGCAUCAUGAUUUAAUGCCGCCGAUUAUACAUAGAGAUAUCAAGUCCACGAACAUUUUAUUGGACAUCGAUUAUCAGCCGAAAGUUGCGGAUUUCGGAAUCGCGAAAGUUCUUCAAGCAAGAGGGUCGUCCAAAGAUUCUUCUACCACCGUUAUCGCGGGGACUUACGGCUAUUUAGCACCGGAAUACGCGUAUUCGUCAAAGGCGACAACGAGAUGCGACGUGUACAGUUUCGGGGUGGUGCUAAUGGAGCUUCUGACGGGGAAGAAACCGGUGGAGGCGGAGUUCGGCGAGAAUAAAAAUAUAAUAUAUUGGGUUUCGAGUAAGGUCGAAACAAAAGAAGGAGCAAUUGAUGUUUUGGAUAAAAGAUUGUUGGGAAAUUAUAAGGAUGAUAUGAUUAAGGUACUUCGAAUCGCCAUGCGGUGCACGUGCAAGAAUCCGAAUCUCCGGCCGACUAUGAACGAGGUGGCACAGCUGUUGAUCGAGGCGGACCCGUGUAAAUUCGACUGCUGCAAGUUUUCGGACAAGGCGAAAUCGGAAGCAGGGGAGACCAUGAUCAAGAUCAAAGAUGGCAGUUUUGAUUAAGUAAUAAUUAAGUUAUAAUUAUGUAUAAUUAGUAGAUCAAGUUGAUUGUCUUUUGUCUUUUCUUAAUAAAAGUAGGAGCUAAAGCAUAUUGUAAAUAUUUGGGAAUUUUGAUCUAUAUGUAUAUAUAAAUAUAAAGGUGCUUUAUAUUC